AUGACUGGAGUCGGCAACGUACCGGUUGGAGAAGCACUCGGACGAGUGACCAUUGAAAUUGGAUCUGCACAAAACAAAGACUAUAAACUCAUCAUCCGUGCAGUUGUUGUUCGAUGUAUCGGCGAAAUAGUGGGAUUCAAUAGAAAGAUUGUCAAAGAUUGGACGCACUUGCAAAAUUUGCCAUUGGCCGAUCCAACUUACUUUCAGCCAGCUAAAAUCGACUUGCUACUGGGUUCAGCUACACACGGUGACGUCGUUUUGUCCGGCGUAGUUAAAGGUAAACGUGAGCAUCCCAUUGCACAACACACCGAGCUUGGAUGGAUAGUCUACGGUCGCAUGAAUAUUUCAGAAAGAACAACUGCCAUGUGUCAUCACAUUAAAGUAAACACACUCGACAAUCAGGACUUUGAUUUGCACGCUCAGUUGAAAGCAUUUUGGGAACUGGAAGAGGUCUCUCACAAACGUAUUCCCACACAAGAAGAGCAAAUGGCGGAGGAUGUAUUUAAAAAUACCGUUCGUCGAGCUACCGACGGUAAAUUUGUUGUUGAUUUACCAUUCAAAAUAAAUCCAUGGGAGCAACUUGGUGAAUCACGAUCGAUUGCUGAACGUCGAUACAAAUCCUUGCAACGACGAUUCGCAAAAAAUCCUGAUUUUAAAAUAAAAUAUGAUGCCGUCUUGGAAGAAUAUUUAUCGUUGGGCCACAUGCAAAAGGUUAACGAUUCUCCAUCGUUCCAAUAUUUUUUGCCUCACCAUGGCGUCUUAAAGGAAUCGAGUACCACCACCAAAGUAAGAAGUGUAUUUGAUGGUUCAGCAAAAACAAGUACUGGCAUUUCAUUAAACGAUUGUUUGUGCGUCGGGCCAGUGAUUCAACCUGAACUGUUUGACAUAUUGAUCGACUGGCGAAAAUUCGAGUUUGCAUUUUCAGCUGACAUAGAAAAAAUGUAUCGAAUGGUUUAUGUAAAUCCAAAACACGCCAAUCUUCAGUCAAUUCUAUGGCAUAGACCAGGGACCGACGGAAUUGAAGAAUAUCGGUUAUUGACUGUAUCUUUUGGCACAAGCAGCGCUGCCUUCCAGGCUAUUCGAAGUGUCCAUGAAGUGGGUGAACGAAUAAAAUCCUCCAAUCCAUCACUCGCAUCGGCCAUCCAAAAGAAUUUUUACGUUGAUGAUUUUUUGAAGUCGUUUUCGUCAACUGAUACUGCAUUCAAAUUCAGGAAAGAGCUCGACGAUACAUUGAAUGAAUAUGGAUUCAAGCUUCGAAAAUGGAAAACAAACGAGCAACGAAUUCUGGAAAACGUUGACGACACAGAUCGUGAAGAAUGCAUCAGUUUCGAGUCAACAUUCAAAACUCUCGGCAUUGCAUGGCAAGCUCAUUCAGAUGAAUUCAUUUUCAAAUCGCUCGAACACGAAGCAGUUGGAGCAUGGACAAAGCGCAAAGUAUUAUCAUCCAUCGCUAAGUUGUUUGAUCCAUUGGGAUGGUUGGCUCCCUGUAUCAUUAAAGCAAAGAUUUUGAUGCAGGACAUUUGGAGACUGUCUAACGAAAUUUCUUGGGAUUCAGAACUGCCCACUCAACUUGCUUCACAAUGGUCAUCGAUUUUCAAUGAAAUCACUGCUCCAGUGCCAAUAAAAAUACCUCGUUGGCUUCGAUUAUCCGAUUCACAACGAGGAAUCGAAAUUCAUGCAUUUGGUGACGCUGCAAAUCUCGCGUAUUCGUGUUGUGUUUAUUUGCGAAUAAUUCACAAUGACAACAACGUAUCAUGCAAUUUAAUUGCCGCAAAAACGAAAGUAGCUCCAAUUAGGGUGUCAACUAUACCACGUUUAGAGUUGUGCGGUGCCCUAUUAGCCUCAAAACUUGUCGUUCGAUGCAUUCAAGCAUUAUCACUGGUCGAUUUCAAAGUCUUCGCAUGGAGUGACUCAAAAAUUGUGCUCGCUUGGCUCUCAACACAUCCAAGCAAAUGGGUUACCUUUGUUGCCAAUCGAGUAAGUGAAAUACAGCAAAAUGUCGAUUCAAGUCGUUGGAUGCACGUUCCGUCAAAACAGAAUCCUGCCGAUAUCGCAUCACGUGGACUUUCGGUAAAUGAGCUCGAAAAAUCAUCGCUUUGGUGGCACGGUCCUUCAUUUUUAACCUCACCAAAUGAAUCGAAUCCAAAACAAAAUCACAAUUUGCCGAUCGACCAUGCCCCAGAAAAACGCAAAACGAUCAAAACACUUCACACAGCACCGUUGAAAACGAAUGAAGUUUUGAAUUGGUUUUCCGACUACACUCGUUUGUUGCGAUUCACAUGCUAUGCUAUUCGUUGGCUGAAAAAAUCCAAAAAACAAAUUGAUUCGAUGAAGGGACCUAUCACCGCUUUGGAAAUUGAUGCCGCUGAAAAAUCAUGGAUAAAGAAUGUGCAAAGGGAAUGCUUUGGUCACGAAAUUGCUC